CUCGGAAUACAGAGUGGAGAAAACACCCUACGUGAACUUGGCCCUGACGCUAUCGGAGACUUUCAGUGCAGUGCGACAUGAGGAUGCGAUCUGACUCGCCGCGAUACAAAGAGGACUGUGAGAAUAUCCGUUCCAGUGAGUCGCUGCUGACAAUCUUCGUUCCUUCUUUGAUGCUAUCUCCGAUGCAAGCAAACACUAGCACCGUGGAGCAGGACAGAAAGAUCGCCGUGAUGAACAAUUCGAAUCAGAAUACAUGGCACCAGAAGUAUAGAAGGAAUCAAUCACUAUAACCUCCACCCAGCUUAAAUCAUGUCGAGCAUUGAGUCUCGGAACAUCCCCCGGUGAUCCUCAUUCCAGCUGGCAAAUUCCUGGAAUAUUGCAACAUCCGAGCCCCAUCACCUUCAGUAUUUACAAUAGAUACAAUCCCGGAUCCUAAUGCCUCCAAUCAACCUUCGAACCAACCCAUUUUAUCUCUCAAAGAGCGAAAGCUACAACUUCGUGGACCGGAUCUUCGCAAAGGCGGAGAUCCCCCACCGUCUGUUUGGCUGGCCGUCGGCCCACGAGUUCGGCAUGGAAUUCGGCCCCGUGCCGUCCGUCUCCUGCAGCUACACGCCCCCGGGGUGGAUCAUCCCCGACGACCACAUCGACGGCGCCAUCUGGGCGCUGCGGGCAGCGGGACUGCGGCCAUGUCCUCAGGGACGGAAAUGUCCCACGGUGUGCAGUCCCUGGCUGCCCCCGACGGAUAUGGACCAUUUCCACCGCACCGAGGGCGAUGCACAGGUCCUGCCCCAACAUCCGCAGCUGCUCCGGGUGAUUCGGCUCUAUCGGAAGUCGGAGUAUCUGUGGUAUACUGGCUUGUAGAACGGCAAGAGUUGGGGUUAUUCCUUUUAGUCGGUUUGGACGUUGAUUGAUCUACUGAAUUUCAUAAUAACAAG